AUGACUACAGCCGCUCAAGACGAAUUCAACGAACUGAUCCGAGACAAGGACCGCGAAGACCGCCACCCAGAAGACCGACACAACGACUCCGACCUCUCCGACCCGGAAUCCCCUGGUGCCGCCGACGACUACCUCGAGAAGAUCGAUACCGACGACGAGCUCGACAUCCCAGCCGACAUGAGGGCGAAUUACUACAUGCCCAACCUGCGCUCAGAGGCCAACACGGGGCCCAAGGGUGUCAUUGCUGACGCCCAGGCGUUUGAACAGGCCAAGAAGCAAGCACGACGCUUCACAUGGAAGAAGAACGCCGCACCCGCACAGUACAAUGUCAAUGCCUAUCACGACGAGAAGACAUCGAGCAGUGAUGACGAGGUCGACGAGGGCUUCAUGCGCCAAUGGCGUGAGGCGAGAUUGAAGGAACUGCAGAAUGUUGGCGAGAGGAUACGGUCGAGGACCAACAGCCCCAGCCGGAGGAUAUAUGGAAGCAUGCCGUUGGUGGAUGGUGAGGGGUAUCUCGAUGCUGUCGACAAGACCGCGUCGGGUACUACCGUUGUCGUCUUCAUCUAUGACUCCCAGUCGAACAUCAACCUCGAUGUCGAAGAGUGCAUGCGUGAGGUCGCCAAGCGCAACGACACCGUCCGCUUCGUCAAGAUGCACGGCGACGACGCCGAAAUCGACCAUGUCGUCCUCCCCGCUGUUCUAGCAUACAAAGGCGGCGACAAGUUCGCAAGCCUGCUACCGCUCCUCGAGGAGCUGCCAGACGACUCGGAGCUCAGCCCCAUCAGCCUCGAGACCGCCUUCAGAAAGUGA